AUGCCCAUGAUGACCGCCCGCGAUCGCCAGGCCUACAGGGCCGACGAUCAGAAGGACCACACGCUAUUGUCCGAGCAGGAGAGGCAGAGGAUGCUCAAGUCCUAUCUCCCAACGCCCAACGAUCCCCCGCCUACUAUCUCUGGCGGUUCGCGAACACAGCGCAGGUCUCGGUUAGGACUCCGUCGUUUUGUCCUGAACCAAAUCCAUAUCCUCAUCUUUGCCGUCAUGCACGGAAUCUUCUCCCUCUACAUCAAGACCCGACAGAUGUGGAAUGUGGUCUGCUACCAGACCUCGUCCGUUCUCAAGUACCACCACGGCACACCCCAGUACAUCAAGAAGGACGUCAUGGCACUGAAGAAGAUGCCCAAGCAUCUGAGUGUUAUUCUCAAGUUGGAGGAGAACCACCGGACAAAGGCCGACCUCGACCGACUUCUUGAUGAAGUGGCCGAGAUUGCGACAUGGUGCGCGUGUGCUGAGAUUCCCAUGUUCUCGGUCUAUGAGAAGACAGGAAUCCUCAAGAAGCACAUGCCCCGGGUAUAUGACGCCGUCAGCCAAAAGUUCACCUUCUACUUUGGCCCUGAGCACCCCAGCCUCACUGUUACGUCACCUCACAAGGAAGACUUCCCGACCACUCUUGGCGAGAGCCCCAAGUCGCAUCUGCGACUACACCUCAUCUCGCAGCAGGAUGGACGCGAGUCCAUGGUCGAUCUCACCCGCACCCUGGCCGAGAUGUCCCAGAAGGGAAAGCUCUCUCCAAGGGACAUCUCGAUGGAGCUGAUCGACGCCGAGCUGUCCGAGGGCAUCAUGGCUGAGCCGGAUCUCCUAAUCACCUUUGGGCCUUACCUCGAGCUCUCAGGCUACCCUCCCUGGCAGAUCAGGUUGACCGAGAUCUUCUGUCUACAGGAUAACGAGAGGGUCGGUUACCAGGUGUUCCUCAAGGCCCUGCAACAUUACGGCGGAGCCCAGAUGCGCCGCGGUAAAUAG